AUGUCCGAUAUUCGCUCACAACCACCAUCAACGACCAUUUUCAAGUUGUCAUUUCCAAAGCCAAAGGUGCUGCUAGUGACGAUCAAUCGUGAGAAACAACGAAAUGCAUUACCCGCCCAGGCUCACUGGGAAGGCCAUGGCAUAUUCUCCUGGUUUGACGAUGAGCCAGCCUUGCUUGUAGCUAUUGUUACUGGAGCUGGAGACAAAGCUUUCUGUGCAGGGCAAGAUUUGACAGAACAAGCUUCCUCCCGUCGGGGCCCAAAGACCGGGGCCGAACUUGCUGUGAUGAACCACCCACCAACGGGGUUUAUGGGCCUGAGCCAACGCAGAGGCAAAAAGCCCGUUAUCGCUGCUGUCAAUGGAUUUGCUCUCGGUGGAGGCUUUGAGAUCUGCCUCAAUUGUGACAUGGUAGUUGCAUCACCCCAAGCUUUAUUUGGACUGCCUGAGGUCGCAGUCGGACUAUAUGCUGCAGCUGGAGGCUUGCCCCGGUUGAUGCAUAUCGUUGGUCUUCAACUCGCAUCUGAGAUUGCCAUGACCGGCCGAAAACUGACUGCCCGGGAAGCCCUGCAGUAUCGGAUUAUCAACCGGGUUUCUCAAACUCCUCAGUCGGUUGUUGAUGAAUGUCUGACUCUGGCGAGUCAGAUCGCUAGUUUCUCUCCUGAUGGUAUUAUUGUCACACGUCAGGGGUUGCGGGAGGCAUGGGAUAAUGCUAGCGUCGAGCAUGCCACUUCACGGACUAGGCAUGAAUAUGUGAAUCGCCUGGUUGCAGGCGAGAACUUCAAGAUUGGAGUGGAGGCUUUCGCCAAAAAGGAGAAGCCUGAAUGGGUCCCUUCGCACUUAUAA